AUGAAUAGCAACAUCAUCCUCGAAGAUGCAUUGAACAAUGUUACUGUACGUUUAUUUGCAAAUGAAACCAGGCGAUUUGCAAAUGAAACCAGGCGACGCGACGUAAAAAAGUUUCAGUUACUCGACACCCUUCAUCUUCCCGACGAUAUGCCUGACAUUGAAGCCAGAGCUUUGCCUCUUUUGUGCAGGUCUCUAAUUUAUCUUGUAAUAUUCAUUGAAAAUACAAGUUCAGGUCAAAUUUCGACACAAACUUCGAGGACCGCAGUGCGUUUGUAACGGGCAUUGCAAAAUACAGCGAAGAAGCGACAAGACAUGCAGAAUUCGUGAGUUAAAUUCUUGAAUUAACACUGGAAUGAAAGAAAGUUAUUCCAGAAUGACAUGUUGUCUGAAGGACUGCAGCAUGCCGCCAAUCUGUACACCUGGAGGUGUUGUUCCCGAGCCGUGCCGAUGGCCAAAUCGAACGAUCAGCCAAACCGAACAGAAAUCAACCAGAUGGUUGUUGACGUGCUCAAACCAGAAGUCGAAAAGCUAAACAACUUUAUGAAAUUCACCGUAAGUCGAGUUUUGCGCGUUUUUUAUGAACUGAACUGCAAUUACAGUUGAUUGCGAUACAACGAUUUUGCGCAGAGAUGCGACGUCUCUGUCAUCACGAAAAACGGCGAGAUUUCGUGUCAGAAGCAUAUCUGCUUACUCUCGGCCGAUUCAUCAACAUGUUCGCAGUGCUUGACGAGUUGAAAAAUAUGAAAGCAUCGAUCAAAAACGACUUCUCCACUUUCAGAAGGUUACCUUGCCUAGCCUCCUCAACGUUCACUUCAUCUUUUUCAGGGCUUCUCAGUUUCUUUACACAAUGUCUGACACACAAUCUAUUCAGGAUAUGCAGACCCUGAGUAUGUUUUUGGCGACUCAGAACAAGAUCAAAGAUGAUCUGAGAGUGCAAAUGAAAACGGUAAGAUUAUGAUUUGAAAAAAGCAUAUAAUUUUAUUUAACGCCAUUUAGAUCGAAGGAUACGAAGAGCUGCUCUCAGAUGUGAUCAACAUUUGUGCUCACAUGUACGAACAGCAACUAUACCUGUCUCCGAAUGAAAAACACAUGUUCGUCAAAGUCAUCGCCUUCUCGCUCUUCCUGAUGGACGGAGAUGUUGCCAACGUGGCAAAGCUCGAUCAGAAGAAGAAACUAAGUAUUCAGAGACUUGACAAGAUAUUCAAAACGCUCGAAGUGGUGCCGUUGUACGGAGACAUGCAGAUUCAGCCAUUCGCUUUUGUCAGACGGAGCUCCCAUUACGAGGCGAGCAAAUGGCCGUUGAGUGAUAAAGAAUCCGAUAAAUGCCAUGUGAAUAUUGUGGAAAAGUUGCAAACGAUUCGUUCGGACCAUGAAAGUUACGUGACACAGUUUGCAAAAACUACAAACGAAUCAGCGAUCGGAUCUCGAGGGCCAGGACCGGAUGCUGAGCACCGCGAAAUGACAUCUCUUGCUCUUUCUGGCAUCCAACUGCUGUGCCAGUGGUCUUGCGCCGUCGUGGAGACCAUCAGUUGGAAACUUUUGCAUCCGACGAAUCCGAAAGAUAAUCGAGAGUGUCCAGAGACGGCGGAAGAAUACGAAAGAGCCACGAGAUACAACUAUUCGCCAGCUGAGAAGACGGCAAUGAUCCAAGUGAUUGCAAUGAUCAAAGGACUGCAAUCGAUGCUGGGAAGAAUGGAACAUGAUAUGUCGUUCGCUACGAGAAAGUGCGUUUACAUGGAACUGCAGAAUUUCAUUCAAAAGACUGUGAAUGAACCACUCCAAAAAGCUCAGAAGAACAAAAAAGAUCUUGUGGCAAGUAUUCUUCAAUCUGUGAAAGACUCAAUCUCCGAUGCUUCGUACGAGUUGAUACGGACGCCCGAGGCCAAGGGAAAACUGAAGAAAUUGACUGGACACAAGGCGGAUUCGACGAACUCCUCGUCGUCGGACAUCAGAACACCACGAAGGGCGGCUGCUCCGGGAAGUACGCAGUUGUACAUGGCAAGGACUCAGCUCGAAUCGCUCAUUUCGGAUAAACUGGGUGGAGGAAAGAAGAUACUCCGAAAAGAACUGGACAAAAAGACCAUCGAUGAGAUAACACUAUUUCUGUUAAAGUCUCUCCAUUGGCCAGCUCUUUUCCGUCUUUCCGAUUCGAUGACAGAAGCAGGAGAACUGAGCCAGCUGUGGUUCCGCGAGUUCUAUCUCGAGAUGACAAUGGGACAACGCAUUCAAUUCCCGAUCGAGAUGUCAAUGCCCUGGAUCCUCACUGAUUUCAUUCUCUCCUGCAAUGAGCCGUCUCUCAUCGAAUCGGCUCUCUAUCAACUGGAUUUGUACAACGAUGCCGCACAAUAUUCUCUGUUCAAUUUCAACAAACAGUUCCUUUAUGACGAAGUGGAAGCAGAAGUGAAUUUGUGUUUCGAUCAGUUUGUCUACAAACUGUCCGAGAUGGUGUUCACUCACUUCAAACAGCUGUCAUCAUGCAUGCUUCUCGACAAACGUUUCAAGUCGGAAAUCCUUCGUGCUGGCACGAUGAUACGUUCUCCGUCGGCAGCUCGUUUCGAAAGUCUUCUUCAGCAGAGACACGUUCAGCUUCUUGGCAGAUCGGUCGAUUUGAACAGAGUUGUGUCACAGAGAAUCAACAUGGCCCUUCUGAAGGCACUCGACGCGGCCAUUUGGAAGUUCGAAAGCGAACCGCUCACGUCCAUUGUGGUAUUUUCGCUAUAAUUAUUUUCUUUCAAUCACAAUAAUUUCAGGAACUUGACAUGCUGAUUGAAGCGAAUCGUCUGUGCCAUUCACUUUUGCGAGAAGUUCUCCAUUCCAUCGCUCCGUUCGAUGAUCUUUUCCAAGAAGCGAAUCGUGCUGUCAACUCGCCCCACGGCAGAAUCACUCUGCACGUAUUCUGGGAGCUCAAUUACGAUUUUAUUCCAAACUUCGGCUACAACGGGUCGACUCACCGCUUCAUUCGAGCAAGACAUGUGUUCAAAAAAACGCGUCCACGUGAGAAACCUCCUCAAGUUGGACAAGUUUACUAUUGGGGAUCCAAAUCUCUGAUGGCCGCUUUCAUGAACAUUUGCAACGCCUACAGUCAGUGUAUCGGAACGCAGCACCUCAAAUCGAUCACCCGAUUGUUGCACUAUCAAGGCAUCGCUGCGAUUCUCGACGAGCUUCUGAAAGUGACCCACAGUCUUCUGAAUGAUAAACUCCGAAGGCAUCUGAAAAACGUGUUCAAUAUGAUGCCGAAAGUGUGUAAGCUGCCGAGAUCUGACUAUGGGAGCAACGCAUUGCUACAGUACUACUGCCAUCAUCUGGACGCCGUCGGAAAGUAUCAAGAACUGAAGACGGAUUUCUGUCAAGAUCUGCGCGAACUUGGCAACGUCAUUGUGUUCUGCCAACAGCUAGAAGUAGCACUAGGACAAGAAGAGACUCACGAUCUGUUCCUCGCUGCUGCAUACACUGGAACAGUCCCGCAGCCACCUUCGAGAAGUAAGAAUAAGCAUAAAAACGUCAGCUUUAAAAUACGAUUUCAGAUGCACAAGAACAAAUGAAGCAGUUAGCGAAACUCGAAGAAAAAUAUUCUAGAAUCCAUUUGACUCAAAUUAUCGACAAAAUCAGCACGGACGAAGGACAAGUCGCAGUGAGCAAAGACGCCGAAUUGAUGACGAAGGAAAGACUUUGCUGUGGUCUGAAUGCAUUCGAAAACUUUUUGCAUCGGAUUAAACAGAUGUUAGCUGCGGAUGAGGUACGAAGGAAUUGGAAUAACUACCCGAAAAACAAUUCAUUUCAGAUCUGGACGGGAGGAUACCCAACAAAUGGUGUCUUCUGGGUCGACGAGUGCGUCGAAUGGCACCGUGCCUACUCUGCCCUCCAGUUCUUCUUGUGCCAGCCAACCCGCGACGAGAACGAUAUUUAUGCAGAGUGA